AUGGCAAAGAGCAAGAGUACCAUUACAACACAAGGUAUUGGAGACAUAUACAUAUUCAAAACGACGGUCCAAAUCCACAAUGAACUAGACAAUGGGACCAAACUUACGGUUCAUUGCAAGUCUAAAGAUGACGAUUUAGGGUCUCAUAUUUUGGGUAACAAAGAAGUUUUCGAGUGGAAAUUUCGAAUCAAUUUCGCAGGGACUACUUUGUUUUAUUGUGGUUUGACAUGGGAAGGUGCAUCAAGAACGUUUGACAUUUUUGAUGCACCAAGGGAUUCAAACAGAUGUGCCUCAACCUGCAUUUGGAGAAUUCGAAAUGAUGGAGUACAUGGCUAUCAUGAUAUUGAUCAAAAGGAUGAUGAUAUUCAUUUCAAAUGGGACCAAGACGAAUCACAAUCUAUUCUUCGAAUUUGA